AUGCCUGUGUGUAGUCCUGUCGAUGCCAAGACCGCAAUCCUACACAAGCCCACAAUCCAACUAGAUGUACUAGUAAGCACACUUCUUCUUCAUCCCCAGGGCCAGUUCAGAAGUUCCUGCUUUCUCGAGCUGUUGUGGAUCGGGGGUUGGGGAACAUACAAUAGUCUCCGUGCACGGUAUACCCUGAUCACUCAGUCGAGCCUUUGUACUAGUUCGCUGGCCUCUUCUUCUUGGGUUUUCAAAUCUUUAUCCAGCAGAUUGUUCUUGGUUCUUAGGCUUCGCGGAAGGAAAGAUAUUCAAUUGUAUCCAUUCCUGUCAUUCUGA